UCAUCAGGGCACUGAUCAUCAGUGUGCCCUGAUGAUCAGUGAAGCCCCAGCAGUGCCACCUGUCAGCGCCCAUCAAUGCCACAUCAAUGCCACAUAUCAGUGCCUACCAGUGCACAUCAAUGCCACAUAUCAGUGCCCAUCUGAGCUUCCUUUCAGUGUCACCUAUCAGUGCCAGUCCGUGCCACCCAUCAGUGCUGCCAAUCAAUGCCACCUAUCAGUGCCAUGCACAUCAGUGCUACCUAUCGGUGCCCAUCAGUGCAGCCUAUCAGUGCCCAUCACUGCAGCCUCAUUAGCGCACAUCAGUGAAGGAGAAAAAUCACUUAUUUACAAAAUGUUAAAA